AUGCAUUUCGCCACCUUUUUCACUACUAUCCUCGCCGCUGGCAUGGCUUCUGCCGCCGAAGUGACAGAAUAUAACGCUGUUGCACUUCGCCAGGGCAACAAGGAAAUUGACCACGCUGCCCUCCAAGCUUCCAACGGACACUUUGCCCUGAAGCUUAAGAACCAGGGCGCCGCUUGUGACCGAGGCCUCACCGAAAACAAAGUCACAUUCAAUAUCAACAAAUCUGGUGAACUCAACCUCUACAUCUUCGGCAGAAACCCUCAGGUGGCCUACGUCGACCGCUCAGGCAUGGGCCAGGGCGUCCUCGGUUACGCCACCUUCGGAGACAAGGGCCUCAACUUUCCCAAGAACGCCGAGACAAAGGGCUGGAAGGUUGCUAAGAACGGAGACCUCACUUUCGGUGGCAAGGGCUUCAUUGCGUGCCCCAACAGCAAGAAGGCUGGCGGCUCUUACAGUAUCUGGGCUGAUGUUGGAAACAAGAACCCUGGUGGCAACCAGAACUGCCAGGCUAUUACUGUCCGUGCUACUGAGAACAAGAACCCUGUUGCCUGUGUCUACUCUGCUUAA